UGGAGCGGGGCCGCGCUCUGCCGCCGCCGCUCGCGGGGCUGUCGUCGUCUCGGAGGGGGCCGCGGCGCUGGGAGAGCGGUGGGGCCGGGCCGGGCAGCGCGGAGCUGCCCACUUCGCAACGAGUUUCCAGUGUUUUCCCGUGUGCUGGCGGGGAGGAGAAGUCUUGGAGCUGGAAUCCCUCAAAUAACCUUUAAAGAUGAAGGCAGCGGAUGAACCUGCCUACCUGACAGUGGGAACUGAUGUCAGUGCCAAGUACCGUGGUGCCUUCUGUGAGGCAAAGAUUAAGACAGUGAAAAGGCUUGUGAAAGUCAAGGUGGUCCUGAAGGGGGAUAAUUCUACUCAGUUAGUGCAAGAUGAUCAAGUGAAAGGACCUCUAAGAGUUGGUGCAAUGGUUGAAACCAAAAUGCCUGAUGGAUCCUUUCAAGAGGCUGUCAUCAGCAAAUUGACUGAUGCUAGUUGGUAUACUGUAGUUUUUGAUGAUGGUGAUGAAAGGACACUGAGACGAACUUCAUUAUGCUUGAAGGGAGAAAGGCACUUUGCAGAAAGUGAGACACUUGAUCAACUGCCACUAACUAACCCAGAGCACUUUGGAACUCCAGUUAUUGGGAAGAAGUCUAAUAGAGGAAGAAGAUCUUCGCUCCCUGUUACUGAAGAUGAAAAGGAAGAAGAAAGUAGUGAAGAGGAAGAUGAAGAUAAAAGGCGUCUCAAUGAUGAAUUGCUUGGCAAAGUUGUGAGUGUGACUUGUAAUACUGAGGAGGCAGACUGGUAUCCAGCUUUGGUUGUGUCUCCCAGCUGUAAUGAUGAUGUCACUGUGAAAAAGGACCAGUGUUUAGUUCGAUCAUUUGCAGAUUCCAAAUUUUACUCUGUAGCAAGAAAAGACAUUAAAGAACUAGAUGUUCAAAACUCACCAAAAUCUGAGUCCUCUCCCAAAAAAGGGCUGCAGGAGGCAAGCACAUUUCUCAGCACAAAAGGUGUUCCUCGGAACUGGAAAAUGGACAUAAGUGAGAUUUUGGAGUCCUCCAGUAGUGAUGAGGAAGAUGGAGCUGCUGCAGAAACUGAUGAAGAGGAAGAAAAGAAAGAAGAGAAAACAGAAGAAGUAGUGCCUGAGGAAGAGCUUGAUCCUGAAGAGAGGGACAACUUCCUCCAACAGCUUUACAAGUUUAUGGAAGACAGAGGUACUCCUAUCAAUAAACCACCUGUUCUGGGCUACAAGGACCUUAACCUCUUCAAACUUUUUAGGCUGGUUUAUCAGCAGGGUGGGUGUGACAAUAUUGAGAGUGGUGCUGUAUGGAAGCAAAUUUAUAUGGACCUUGGCAUUCCUAUUUUGAACUCGGCUGCUUCCUACAAUGUAAAAACUGCUUAUAGAAAGUAUCUUUAUGGUUUUGAAGAGUACUGUCGUUCUGCAAACAUUCAGUUUAGGACCAUCCAUCACAAUGAACCAAAAGUUUUAGAGGACUUACAGAAACACGUGGAACCAAUGGAGGAGAGUGUAAAAGAGGAACAAAAAAUGCCCCCAACAGAAGUUAAAAAAGAAGCAGAAGAUAAUUAUUCCAGCAGUGAAAGUGAAAAAGAAGAAAUAGAACUGAGAUCCCCGAGGGGACGAAGACGACUUGCCCGCGACGCAACCCCUGCUAAAAAAGAGGGUGAAGAGGAUAAAACACCAGACAAAUUAAAGGACAGCAACAAAGAAAACAAAGAUGUAGAGGAGACACCUGAGAACACAGAAAAGAAAGAAAAUGAAACUCCACUAGGGAAGAAAACUACACCAAAGCAAAAAGAGAAAAAAAUCAAAAAGCAGGAGGAUUCUGAUAAAGAGUCUGAUGAAGAGGAAGAGAGGCAGAGGGAGAGGGAGGAAAUUGAGAACAAGGGAGAGUCAGAAGGUGAAGAGGAUGAGGAGGAUGCCGAACCCUGCCUGACCGGAACCAAAGUGAAAGUAAAAUAUGGCCGUGGAAAGACUCAAAAAAUUUAUGAAGCCAGUAUUAAAAGCACAGAAAUUGAUGAUGGAGAAGUUUUAUAUUUAGUUCACUACUAUGGUUGGAAUGUAAGAUACGAUGAAUGGGUGAAAGCUGAUCGGAUUAUCUGGCCUGUGGAAAAAGGAGGACCAAAGAGAAAACAGAAGAAAAAAACAAAAAAUAAAGAAGACAGUGAAAAGGAUGAGGAGAAACAAAAAUCCAAGCGUGGGAGACCCCCUCUGAAAUCUACUCUUCCAUCAAACACGUCCUGCAGUCUAUCCAAAACGCCCAAUAGCGAAGGUAAAUCAGGAGCCAGGAGUGCACGGAACAACUUGUCAGAUUCCUCACCAUUACCAAAUGGAACAGAAGACUCUGGUUCAUCUGACAGUGAAGCAGAUGAGUCAUCUGAAAAGAAUUUGAAUGAAGAAUUUUCUCCAGAAACUUCAGAACUGGAAAAAAAUGAAAAGCUACAGGAUGAAAAGCUAGAUGAAGAAUACCCAAAGAUGCCUCAUGUAUUACAAGAAAAUGACAGGACUGAAGUACAGCCACUAGAAGCACUGAAACUGGAAGCUGAAGAAAGUGAACAAAUCGUUCAGGUUUUUGGAAAUAAAACAGAACAAAUAGAAGAAAUCAAAAGAGAGGCUGAAAAAUCACCCAAAGGAAAAGGGAGGAGGAGCAAGACAAAAGAUGCCUCUCUAGAGAAUGCAAAAAUUUCACCAGGGAGCCAAGAAGAGGUGGCAAAUGAAUCUCUAACAGAACCUGAAAGAUUAGAUGUAUCUGCCUUGGACUGUAAAGACAUUUCCAGCACUACUGAAAGUGAAACAGAACCUUCUACAAAAGAUAAGAAGCUUUUGAAAAGGAAAACUUUGGAGCAGGCAUCGCCUGAGAAGAGAAAUCGACGAGAGAGUGAGAUGGAAGUGCCAAAUAUUGUAUCUGAAGAGAGGACCAAUGAAUGUACUGGAGCAGAAGAAUGUAGAGGGCUGAUUGCUGAAGAGUCUGUCAGAACUGAAAAUGAAGAAAUGCCAUCGCUGGUGGCAGAAUCUGUUCAGCACAGCCAAGAGCCAAGGCAUGAGAACUCCGAACGUCCAUCCGAAGAGAACGAGAGUGUUCCCUUAAAGGACGAGGAUGAUGCCAUGCCUCAGAUUGGCCCUGAAACUUUGCUGUGCCACGAAGUGGACUUGGAUGACUUGGAUGAAAAGGAGAAGAGCAGCAGCGAAGACACAGUGUCAGAAAAGCCAGACCCAAAUGCUUCAAAUUCAAGUCCAUCUGCCUUACCCGCAGCUGUCCAGCCGAGCUUCUCAGUGGCCUCACCGCUUGCGCUUAGCCAGGAUGAGUCGCGCAGUGUCAAGAGCGAAAGUGACAUGACUAUUGAAGUGGACAGCGUGGCAGAAGAGUCUCAAGAAGGCCUCUGUGAGAGCGAGUCUGCUAAUGGGUUUGAAGCCAGUACAACCUCAAGCAAUUGUAGCAUAGCUGUGCAAGAGAGGGAUAUAGGGGAGAAAGGUCAAAAAAGGCCCAGCGACAGCAACAGUGGAACACUGGCAAAGAAACAAAAGCGUACUCCAAAGCGACCAAAUGCUGCAGCCAAAAGUGAAAAGAAUGGAACAGGACAAAGCAGUGACAGUGAAGACCUUCCUGUCCUGGACAGUUCCAGUAAAUGUACUCCUGUGAAACAAUUAAAUGCAUCCAAACCACAGAAGAUUUCUCGAUCACCUGCAAGAGUGAUUUCACCUCACAUCAAAGACGGAGAGAAGGAUAAACACAAAGAGAAACACCACCACCAGAACGCUUCGCCUAGAGUGUACAAAUGGAGUUUUCAGCUCAAUGAACUAGACAAUAUGAGCAGCACUGAAAAGAUCUCCUUCUUGCAAGAAAAGCUACAGGAAAUACGGAAAUACUACAUGUCCUUGAAGUCCGAAGUAGCGACCAUAGAUAGGAGAAGAAAGCGAUUAAAAAAGAAAGACAGAGAAGUGUCACAUACAGGAGCCUCCAUGUCAUCUGCUUCAUCAGACACUGGAAUGAGUCCAUCAUCAUCUUCUCCUCCUCAAAACGUGCUUGCUGUAGAAUGCAGGUGAUAAACGUUUCUUUGCCUUGCCAGCAACUUGCUGCCAUGGACAUAAAUCCUGAGACUCCACCACAGAAAGCACUCAACUGGUUUGACAUUGCCAAGUAUAUCCUGUACACACUUCCACUGCUGGACUCUACCUGUUCUCCCCUCCUCCCCUCUUCUUCUUCGGUUUAAUUUACUGUUCAGAGAAUUUAAGCUCAUUGGUAACUGAAGGUUUUUAGGCACAACGUGACAUGCUUGUCAUUGUGUUUGUCUUUUUGUUUUUUUGAUUAAUGCAGAGAAAGGGCACUUAUCAAAUUUGAGAAGUUAUGUCCAGGUGUUCUAGGGAGAUCUUAGAAAAGCAAGUGAGCCAAGCAGACACCCAGAGUAUUAUCAAAAGACUCGAGUAACUGCUGCACUUUCACCGAGCUGUACGGUAACUUGUGGUGAGUAGUUCCUCUUUGUGGAAGCACUUGCUCUAGAGAACUGCCAAAGUAUGUGUUCAGCAGUGUGUGCCCAGUUCUAAAGGUGUAAAUGGGACAAAAUAAAUUGUGAAAGGAAGUGUAGUUGACUGAAAACUACAGUUGUAAUAAAGUCUUCCACUUUUUAUAGGAUUUUUUGGAGCACACAAUUAUGCAACUAUUUUAAUGUUUAUUAAUGUUUACAGUGGAAUUGUGAAUAGGUUUUCAGUGGACUAUCUUAUCCCUUGACAAAAAUAUUUUGUCUUUUUUUCUAUGUAAUUUCAGAGGUUUUAUUUUGUUAGGAAAAGAAGAAAAAGAAAAAAAAACAAACAAACAAAAAGAAAAAAAAAAGAGGAAAAAUGAAAUAUAUAAACCACAGUGAAGUUAUUUAACAAGAUUUCUAAAGCUGAAAAUUUCUUUUUUUUGGGGUUUUUUUUUUUGUUGUUUGCUUUUUUCGUGUGUGUAAAAUAAAAGGUCUCUUGCAACUUGUUAAAUAUAUUUAUUCAGACAUUGGAUGUUGUAUUUUUAUGUAUUUUUUAAAAUAUUAAUAAAAUUGGAAAAAAAAAACCAACGAACAACCAACAAAACAAUUAAAAAAUCAUACAAAUAAAAAAAAUUCUAGGUUAGUUCACUCUUUCAACAGCAACAACUGAAAAAAACCCAAACCCUGAGCAGUGAUGGGCUUGUAAAGGAGGUGUGUUACCCAUUAGCCACACCUGUGUUUCGCAUGGGUCUGUCCGCGCAUCCUCUGCAGGCAUCUGGGUUAAACUACGGCUUUAUCUGGAGACUUUGGCAGUCCUACCACUCUUGUUCCUCAAAAAGAAAAGUCCUUGGGUUGCCCUUUUUGAGCUGCUUUGUCGUCAGCCCUUUUCUGUUUGCUCUACUGCCCAAUGAAUUUCUCUUCUCUCCCAAAGCUGAGAUGCGACCGUAAAGCAAAGCAACUCUGUGCGGAUGGUCCCCACGGAUGGAUCACAGCUUGUAAAUAACUCCUCCAGAACCAUGUAUUUAAAGCAGUUUGCAUAUACAUGAUGUAUAAAAGGUGAUUUUUUUAAUCAAUUUUUUUAUCCAUAUUUGUAAACUGGGGUUCUUCACCUCUUCCCCUUUUUUUUUCCCCCCCUCCCUCUCCUGUGUUUAAUAUGCUGUAGAGUAAUAACCUAGAUGCUCUAGACGCUAGCAGGAUCUUCUGGUUCACACGGCAUAAAGGCAGAAGGAAACACUAGUGACGGCGUAGCAUUACUACAGUGGAUGUUUCUGGCAAUUUCGUUUUGCAGCAUUUUGUCAGCUUUUUUUUUGUGGUUCCGAUUCUUUUCCAUUUUUGGCAGCCAAUUAAAGAAAAAGUCCUCUUGUAAAUGCACUUUUUCUGUCUUUUCUUAAGCAAAGCAGAACUCUUUCGAUGUAAGAUAAAUACGGAGCUCGCGAGACAGCGUUAAUAAAGGCCAUGUUUUAAACAUA